CAAUUGCCUUUAUUCCAGUUAUUUUCCAUGAGUAUAUGAUCUCGACCUGCAACAAAAACAUAACCUUGCAGUCAAAUGAAAAUAAAUCACUUGUAAUGGGACGCAUUGAAAAAGCUAAUCCUGCAACACUCAAUCCAUGUCACAAAGAAUCUGAUUUAACAUACAAAUGUCUUGAUGAUAAUAAUUAUGAUAGAGAUAAGUGUCUCAAAGCAAUGGAAAACUAUCAACUGUGUAAAUCUUUUUGGGGGUUUGUUCGAACUCAAAGGAGGAGAGAAGGCAAAUACCCUUUACUUCCACCUGAGGAGGAACGCGAUGAGAUUAAAAAAUACUAUAUUGAUGCAUUUUUGAGUGCCAAACGAUGAUUUUGCAUUUAUUUAUUCUUAGUUAAAUUUAGAGUGAUUUGUUAAAUAAAGUUAGUUUGAAAAGUG